AUGUACUGGACCAUCACCUUAUCGCCCAAGUCGUGCUACGAGGUCGACGCCGAGCGCUACGUCUUCUUUUGGCCGCUAACCUCCAAUGUCCUUCGCUUCCCGCGCCACACCUGCCUUCUCUUUCACCGGCUGCACCUGUUUGGCGCGAUCUUCCUCGUUCAGUUUUGCUCUGGAUCGCUCUACGCGUUCAUGGCGCUGCCCGACCCGAUCAACCAUUAUUUCGGCUUCCCGACCAGCGACGCACGCGCCGUCCAGCUCAUCCUCGUGGCUGGCGUGCUCAGCAUCCUCGCGCAGGCCCUCCUCGGCCCGCUCUUUGAGCGCCAAGGGCCGCGCUGGAGCAUGGCAAUCGCGACGCUCGUCCUCACGCUCGGCCUCAGCACGUCGCUUCUCGCCGUGUCGCUGCCGUCCUGGACUCUCUUUUACGUGGCGAUGCUAAGCGUGGCCAUGGCCUUUAGCGCCAUCAUGGUUGUAUCGAUUUCGAUCGCGAUGAAGUGGUGUCCAGACGCACGCGGCUCGGUCGCGGGCUUUUGCCUCGUCGGUUUUGGUGUCGGCAAGCAGCUCUGGGCCUCGCUGUACAACCACGUGACGACGUCCGCCGGCAUGGACCUUAAGUACACAUUUGUGCUCCUCAUAUUGACGCUCGUGCCGACAAUGACGGUCGCGACGCUGCUGGUGCGGACGCCACCACCUGACUUUAGUGUCGCCGGCUACGACAUGCACUGCAUUCCGUCCGUGAAAGCACCGAGUGUCGACCUUGUUCAAGACGAGUACCUCCAGAUAGGCAUGACGCUCGUCAACUACCGCGCCGUCACCCGCCGGAGCAACUCGUUUGUCGAAGGCACGGACCGUCGGUACCACGAGCAAGUCAAGGCCAUGUCGCUGUUGCAGUGCAUCUUUUCGACCGACUUUGCCUGUCUCCUCAUUGCGCUCACGGCCAACUGCAUGGUGGGCUUGUUUUACAACAACAUGACGGCGGUGGCGACCUUGCGCUGCCCGCUCCAAGACCUCUACGACCUCUCGGACGACGUCGUCAAGACACUGCGCCUGCACGGGCUUAUCGUCGACCUCCUCGGCCGCCUCGUACCGGCUCUUCUCUCGGACGUUGGUAUCCGCGUCUUUUACGCCAACCCUGCGGCCGUCCGAAAACUCUGCUUGACGGGUCUACUGCUUUUGCAGUGCAUUGCGAUUCCUGUCGCGUACCUCGAGUCGGACAAGUUGACGCAUUUUGCGCACGUCGAGUGGCUCCUCUACGCGCUGCAGUUUGCCUCGAACGCUGGCGCAUCACUGAUUGUCUGUCUUUUAACAGACAUGUUUGGCGUCUACCACGUCGGCACGAUGUAUGGCCUCUCGUCGAUCACGUGGGCGAUUGGCCAAGCCCUCCUCGUCGUCACGACCGCCAAGAACGUGGCAGCGCUCGCCUUUCAAGUGCAGCUCCUCUGGUGGCUCUCGCUCGCCGGCCUAUUGGCGCUGCUAUUUGUACGCACCGACUCGGCCGACCGGUUCUACCGCGGCUACCGGUUCACGGUGUGCGGCAAAGUCGUCGUGCAGCGACCGCGCAAGUCGUGGCAGCCACACCGCCAAGGCACGUGGGAUCUGUACACGGACGUGCCCGACGGUAUCGAAGUGUUGCGAAGCUCGAUGCCGUACCUCUGGCCGUCGCUCUCGCUCGAUGGCGACGACGACGACGACGACUCGUUAUAG